UUGUCGGACUGAAGAGCCUCAAUUAAGAACAAGGGAUAUUUUCUGUAGUGUCUAUUUCUGAUGAAAGCUGGAUUAUAAUGGCGUCGAAAAAUAUUUCUCAAAUGAUAGAAAAGGAAGUGUGGAGGACUGCUUUCAUUGGUUCACGGAAAGAUAAUGAUUUAAGAGAAGAUGGUGACGAAGACGUAAUAUUUGAAAAUACAUUUAUUGAAAUAGAAAAUCAUGCAUCUAUUGAUUUGAAGUUAGACACCCUGGAUAGAAAUAUUGGAUUUGACGGUUCAGAAGGAGGUUUAAGAGAAAACAUACAGUCAACAGAAAAUGACAAAAAGUUUUGCUCCAGGAUUGGGUUUUCAUCUUCAGUGCAGGACAAUGUAAGAAGAGACCAUAAAGGUUUAUUGGUCGAUGAUGCUUACGACAAAAACAUUGAUGAAGUAGAUUACUUUGAUAAGGAUGAAGAAUACAUGGAAACUCAUGGACAAAGAUUCGACGUGGAAGACAUCUUAGAUCUUUAUGAAAACUCGAUUAACAAAUCAUCGAAAAGUAGAUAUAGCGAAGGAGUGGAACAAUACAAAAACAUAUCUGUAUAUAGAAGGUCAAUACAAAACUUUGCCACAACCAAUCGUUUUGAAAUUUAUGACGUCAGUCCUGAUGGAAACUGUAUGUUUCGGGCUAUCGCUGAUCAAUUCAUGAUCAAUGGUAGGAUUGGGUAUACCGCUGAUCGAUUACGAUGUACAGCAAUAGAUUUUUUAAGAGAGCAACAUAACACAGAAGAUGGUAAUCAUAUCCAGUCCUUUCUGUGUAGCGAGUCGUGGGAAGAUUAUCUCUCCAGAAUGUCCAAAUCGAGUGAGUGGGGUGAUCACAUAGUUCUCCAAGCUGUAGCUGAUGCCUACAACUUAGACGUCGUUGUCUUUAACGUCUUCCAGGACGACAUAAGGAAAACUGAAGUUCAUCCACAAAUGGAAAGCAAAAGAAAACCAAUGACUAUUUUCUUAGGGCAUAUAGGAGAAUUUCAUUAUCUGAGUUUGCGCCCCGACCAUUGGACAUCUUGGUGGCCCUACAAGUCCCUCUUGUUUAGGGUACAAAUUUUGUCUCACAAUCUAUCACCAAAAGAAAGAGAAAAACUCAUUCAGAACAAAAUAAAAGAUAUUGCAGCUAGUGAAGUAGUAACCCAGGAUGAAUAUUUAGACAAAUUUCAACCUCAGACAGAAGAAAGAGAGGAGAAGCCUAACGUCGAUAAAGGUCAUACUCGAUCUGCGGAAAUUCAUCAAAAUACCAACCUGACAUAUUUUGAGUCAUACUGUAUAGAUGAAUUGCAACUUGAGGAGACAGAAGAGUCUUUGAACAGUGUCUUCUUUGAUCCCAUGCACAUUGAUGUUUUAACUGGGAUUCCACUCCCUCAUUUAACCUACAUCCUCAAACAGUUGUUCCCGCUUUAUAUGAUAAAUCCAUAUGUCGGGCCUCGUGCCAUGCUUAUAUUUCAAGACAUUUAUGUUCAUUAUAUUGGAUGUUUUGCGGAUGGAAACAAUUUCGUUUUAAAAGACAUCAGCAAAAAUCAAACAAAACGUGCUUUUUAUAAUAUACAUAUUCAAAAACGAGUUGGAGAUGUCGUUCUAAUUCCCAGGGACAAACAUGUGCAGCACACUGAUUUAACUGGUGUCUGGUCACCAGUGGUAAAUAUUUAUGCUGAUUCAUCAAAAUCACAUCCAGGUUAUUGUCGGUUAAAGCUGUCACCAAACACAACAGGAUUAAACGAAAGAUGCAUAGUUCAGAAAGAAUCUGAAAAGUUUCUAAAAGAAGUACAAGUAAAUGAUGUCUCUCUUCCCGGCAAUGUCAAUAUUAAGUACAGAGGACUACUCUGUGAGACGCUUCCCCCUUUGGCACAGGAAUGGAGAGUUCGCGAAAGAAAAUUUACAUUUCCCUCGCGGCGCAUUAUUCGUUCAAUUUUGGACAUUAAAUGUACAUUGAUUAAAAAAGCACAUCCUCAAAGCAAGGAACCUGACAUAGAAUGGAAGUACAACUUUUCUAUGGCUGAACAGAUAAUUUUCAAAAUCGGUCUGACAGAAUCUCAGCUUCAUGGGUUCCUUGUUUUUAAAGUAUUGAUGGAUAACGCAACGUUUCUUCUAUCGAAACGGUUGAAAAACAAGCAUUUAAAAGCCGUUUAUUUCAAUGCACUGGAAGACAUACCUUGUGAAGCUUGGGAAACCAAUUUCAGUGGAUGCAUUUUAUAUGUCCUAAGUUUUAUGAUAACCCUUUUAAAGGCCAGAUUCCUUCCACAUUAUUUUAUACCAAGUAACAAUCUUAUCGACUGCUUUUCUCUUGCGGAAAUUGAUGCUAUUUGUGUCAAUGUUGAAUGCAUCCGCAUGUUUCCUGUGGCAGUCAUUCAAAACAUAGCAGAAAACCAUGGUUAUAGUUAUGCACCAAAGCUGAUUAAGAUGGUCUUUGCAAAUUGUAAAUCUUUUGUAGCCAAUAAAAACUUGGCGACAGAUUUUAUCAGUGCUUUCACACCUGGAACUUUGUCUUCUGUUAAGGUCAUGACAAGACUGGGAUUUUAUGAAACUGCGUUCCAACUACUUCAGUAUGUUCAUGAACAAAUGCUUCUAAUGCCGAUGACAGAUGAUUGUUAUGAAAAACCAUGUUUCAUGGAUUUCUUUCAUACAGCUUUGAAAAGCCUACAUCAAAGAUCAUCACGAAUUAUUUUGGCAAAAUUAUGUGACUUGAAAUUUAAGACUGAUAUUUUAAGUGAAUUAAUAGACAAAAACAAAACAUUUGCGAGAGAUGUCUUACCCUGGGAGGUAGACUAUAGGGUUGAGUGGACAGAACUGCCAAAAGAAAAGGUCACAGAUUUUUCAGCACUAGCUGACAUCUUUUACUCAUACAGCUUGAGAGAGUAUAAUAAACGAAAUUCAACGCUAGCAACACUGGCUCUUGAAACAGCUAUACCGUGUAUCCAUAAGGCAAUCGAAGAGGUUUCAAUAAACGUGGAUGAAAUACAGGAUCAAAACCUCAGAGAGGAAAUAAUAUCCCAAAGAGACAAAUUUGUCAUGGAUCAAAAAAAAAGCUUAAGAUGUACUAUAUUCAAAUGAUGGCUAUAUCAGAGCAGUAUUGUACUUUUGUUCCAUUACAAAAUCAUAUGGACGAUAUUGAAAAACUGUGUGACGAGCUGCCAGAAAUGGCAGAAAUUGCUAGUAUCAUGUUUCAAUUUCUUAAAAGAGAUGAGAAAGCUUCAGAAUAUAAAAGCAAAUCUGAGGCCUAUUUCAAAAAGGAAGGUACUGCAUAUGUAAAGUAUAUUGUUUAGUAUUGUUCAGCCAAAAUAUUGGACGAUGCUUAAGUUACUGACCAAACUAAGCUUAAAUAAUCAAAAAUGAAAACAACGUGGCAGCCAUUUGUGUAAAAUUUUAAGUAAUUAGCUUAUAUUUUCUAUGAAAGUAUGUUUU